AUGGAUUAUGAUCCGGAACUGGAUCUAACGCUAACGCAAAUUUCUGACGACAAAAUAAAACAGUUUCUAACUUGCAAGUUGCAACAGGGGCGCUUGGAUAACCAAGCCCUGAAAGACCUGAUCGUAGAGCGCCAGGAAGCCACAUCAUCCGAGGCGGUUCCAGGUAUCCAAUUAGUGCGGCACUGGACCAGAAUACUCAACAACAAAUACUGUUUGGGUUAUGAGCUGAGCUGUUCGGAGCCCACUAAUGUUGAUUUCGUUUUAUGGGAGGCCUCUGGGGAGAAAGUGAUCUACAAAGCGCAAACUUUCAGUGUUAGUGAUGCUGCUGAUAUUUGCUGCCUGGGUUGCUGGGAUUUGAUCGAGAAGUGUCAAGGUGGUAAAGGUAAACUGUUUGUCGUGGUUAGCAUUGAAAUGCCCCAAUUUGUGCAUAAGCUUAAAUAUAAUUUUCACAGCCAUUUGUUGUGCAAUAAUGCUUCACUCGCACUUCCUAGCAUUGAAAUUUCACAGUGUUUAAAUGUUUUAGGCCUUGAUGAGCAGUGCUUGGAGACAUUUUUAAUGGUAAUUGCUAGCAGUGAGUUGAACGAGGUGGUUUUGUGUUUGCCUCAAGAGUUAUCCCUUAUCUCAACUCUUGAAAACAAUUGCUCCUUAACCCAUGUGUCUUUAAUGAAUAAAUCAUACUUUUUAGCUCUUAAUGUUAGUGAGGCAAUUAAUCACACCAUGCUUAUACCACACAAAUAUCAAGAUAAUAAUGCCUUUAUUAAAGUUUACACUUCUAAUGACAAUCAACUAUUUGCCUUUUUGCAUCAUUUACUCAAAACGAUACCAAACAGCCUAGUUUUACCCAAACGCCUUUGCCUUCUUGAAAACCAGAAACACCACGAGGCUACAUUGGAAUUGGACAAGGAAUUGGAACAAUUUAGAGUCGCCAUGCGAGUAGACUUGGAGCAAAGCUAUGCCACUCUGAUAGACCAUGAAUUACGUGAUUGCAAUGUGGUCUUGGAUGGUAACAGUGUAGCCUCAAACCUGUACAAGUGGCACAGCAGAAGCAACGACUGCUUUGGAGGUGACUACGACAAAUUUGCCCAAGUCGUAUACAACUUUUUCAAAUUAUUAUCAGAUUGCAAAAUAACUCCUUAUAUAAUAUUGGAUGGGGGCUAUGAGAGACGCAAGCUGAACACUGUGGUAACUCGUAUGAAAAAUAAAAUUAGAGCUGCAGAAGCUUUGAAUGCUAUUAAUGAGGGUAGUGGGUCAGUUUUUCCAUUAUUUUUGAGGGAGGUGUUUGUGGAUGUUAUAUUAAAUUUGGAGCUGAAAGUGGCCAGGUGUGAGUAUGAAGCUGAUAUGGAAAUUGCUGGAAUUGCUAGAGCUUCAGAUUGUUCAGUAAUAAGCUAUGACUCUGAUUUUUAUAUUUUUGGUUGCCCUUAUAUUCCAUUUGACACCUUGGAGCUUAAUGUGCGUGAAAAUAAAGCUGAAAAAUAUCUGCCUUGUAAAAUUUAUUACAUAGAUAAUUUUUUAAAAACUUUCGGUGGUUUGGACCAAAAUAACUUACCACUAUUGUCAGUGUUAUUGGGAAAUGACUAUAUUAAAGGCAGCCUCUUUGCUCCAUUUUUUAGCAACUUGAAAAUUCAAAAAUCAAAUGGACAACACAGCGAGCAACAAAAAAGAAUCAAAAGCGUGAUAGUAUGGCUUCAAAAUGAAACUAUUGAAAGUGCCAUAAGGAAGAUUUUGACCAGGUUUAAAGACUGUCAGCGUAAAUUGGUUUUGAAAAAAAUUAAACAGGCCAUGAAAGGUUAUUUUGAGGUCGACAGUGAACUUUUGAAGUAUCUGGAUAUUGGACUGUCUAGUGAAAAUAUUAGUGUAAACUUUGAUGUGUUUGAUUGUGGUGACAUUUCAGAAAAUACUUUCAGUGAUGUUGAUAAAGAAGCUGAUUAUUUGGAUGAAAAUAUUGAAGAUUUUGAGGAAUCAGAUAUAGAUUUUGCAGCAGAAAUUAAGAAUAAUUGGGAACCAGACUACACAUUCAAAAACAACUAUAGAAAAUGUCAAUAUCCUGCAUGUUUUAUGGAUUUAAUAAACAUAAAAAGAUACUAUUGCACCCCUCAAGUGGAAGAUAGCUCCUUAGAUCAUUCUCAUUCAAUUGGCUUAUCCAUUUUAGAAAUUAUAUAUAAAAUCUUAAUGCCAAAUGCAGACACAAGAUUAACUAUAGUUUCUAGAAAAGGGCCUUAUAAUAUACAAUACAUUUCAUUGCCUGAGAGUAAAAUUAAUGUUCCUACACUUGAGGAUAUCCAAAUAAUGGAUUUAGAAACACGCCAAAAGACUCUAUUGAAAUGUUUAUCAAUAAAUGAUAUAACAUUCCUGAGUUUAUUUUCAGAAGAAUGGGGUUUAUUUUUAAUAUCAUUGAAAUUUAUUACAAACAAUGUUAUCAUAGACAAAUCAAUAAUUUAUUCAUGCAUAAUGUGUUUUAUCAUUUUAAAUUUCAUAGACCCUAAAAUAGGUUUUCAUAGGGCGACAAAGACUUUUAAUAAAAAAUUCUCAGGCAUUUUAGAAGCAAGUCAUUCGACAAAUGAUUUCUCAGACAAUUACAGCAAUUUACCUUACAUGGACUGCUUAAUAUUCAUGAAGACAAUUAUAAAUUAUUUCCAAAUGGAUGACAAAUUAAAAACAAAUCAUCGACUAUAUGAUAAGACUUUAGUUCAUACUCUAUCACAAAUCCAAAGUGUAUUUUUGCAUGUAAAAUAUUUAAAUUCUCUUUUAAACAAUCCAUUUCCUUUACUGGAAAUUCAUAAAAUUUUCAAUGGGACUUUUCUGUAUAAUAUGACGAUAAAUCUAAGAAAACGCUCAGAUAUUGAUAGGUAUUUAGCAUUACUUUUAAAAGAUUCAUCUUGUGUCUUGUCUGCAAUCAAUCGCACUUUUGUUACACUGGAAAAAAAUAUGGAAAUAGAUUCACUUGCAAUUAACACUAAUGGAAAAAAGCGCAGAAAAAAGAAAAAUAAAAAAGUUGAAAAUAGUGAUAAUGAUGUAAAGGUUGACGAGUAUAUAGAAGAGGAAGAAAAUAAUGUUUUGGAUCCUAAUAAUCCUUAUUCAGUUUUGGGAAUACUGUAA